AGGUAAACUUACGACAUUUACGAUAUUUGCCUGGGUGGGGGUUUAUUUUGGUUUUGGGAGUUCGAUCAGAAGGUUAGAGCUAAUUAGACACGAUGAAUAGACGGGUAUAGACGGCCGCGGUAGAAAAUGUUGGUUGGGAUUCGGGCUACUUUUACGUUAACGUAAGCCCAUACCUACGUAUACACUCAUGAUUUAAUGCAUCUGUUUUUCUGGAGAUUCACAACGGGCUAUGGUCAAGAUUGUCUACUCGCACAUAUUGCUGUCUUGCACUUCAAUAACGUUCAUUUUUAACGCCAAAAUCCCGCUAAUAGUAUACGGGCCUCUUUCAAGCCCCUGCCUUCCGUUCGGCCAGACCGUGGUUGAAGCGAUCUUUUUACUAAGUACAGGGGCAAUUGAGAUCGUAGCCGUCUUCAGGCCAAGUACGUCAUCGAAGCUGGCGGAGCUCUCCCAAUCCCACGUCAGAACAUCAAACGCAGCGCAUUUCAAGCCAAUUGAAUAUCAAAUUGAAUCAACACUGGAAAUAUUUCCCCUUACGCGCCAAGGAUACAAUACGCAAAGCGUGUCGCGUCGGCGGCAUCUUAGCUGAAACUACGGCCCCGAUGAUGCCCCCGAGCCCCCGAAAUUUGUUCUACUUCAUAUCCGCAAGCUUCAGGCAUCAAAAUUGUCGACUAAACCAGGCAACGAAAUAAAAACAAAUUCAUGCAUUC